AGGUCGUUUCCGUGCACGUGGUGACAUUGUGGCUGUAAGGGCAUGUUAUAUCAUCAAGCAAUAUUUAUUUUACGUAUUUUGAUCUGCUAAUUACCUUUAAGACAAAUCUCCAAAUAAUCGACGACGACUUCUAAUUGAUCUGUCAAAAGGAGCCAAUGGCAUCGAAAGGGAAUAGCCAGAUGGCACAACAGUUAGCUAAGCCAGGAGCAUCAGGCCUGUUGCCACGGAUACCAUCACGAUCAGGCAAACUAGGAGCUUUCACCAUCGAGGAUGAGGAGUGUAAGGGGGACUACUACCUGCAGACUCAGCAGCUGCAGGCUGCUCAGGCCACCUCCCACAUCGACCACAUGUGCUGCCUCGACAUCGACUCCGAGCCCCACAUGGUCAGGAAGUCCGGCAUCAUCUGUACUAUCGGGCCUGCCUGUCGUGAGGUGGAUACGCUUCAGAAGAUGAUGAACGAAGGAAUGAAUAUCGCCCGCCUCAACUUCUCACAUGGAACCCAUGAAUAUCACGAGGGCACCAUCGAGAACGUAAGACAGGCCGCCAGUAGUUUCUCCCAAGCUCGUCCCAUCGCCAUCGCUCUGGACACCAAGGGGCCCGAGAUCCGGACAGGUCUUAUCAAGGGGGACCCAUCUGCAGAGGUUGCUCUGAAGACCGGCAACACAAUCAGACUGACAACCGACCCCCAGUUCUACGAACAGUGCUCCGAGGAGAGACUCUACCUUGACUACGUCAACAUCACCAAGGUCAUGAAGGUCGGGGAGAGAGUCUACAUCGACGAUGGCCUCAUCUCUGUCGUGGUCAAAGAAAUCGGUGUGGAUUAUCUGGACUGUGAGAUCGAGAAUGGAGGAGACCUAGGAUCUAAGAAGGGCUGUAAUCUCCCUGGAGUGGCAGUCGACCUCCCAGCUGUGUCUGAGAAGGAUAAAGAAGAUCUGCUUUUUGGUGUAAAACAUAAGGUCGACAUGGUGUUUGCCUCCUUCAUCCGAAGUGGUGAAGGCAUCAAGGAGAUCAGAAGCAUCCUCGGAGAGGAAGGCAAGAACAUCCGCAUCAUUGCCAAGAUUGAAAACCAUGAGGGAGUCAAAAGGUUCGAUGAGAUCUUGCAGGAGGUCGAUGGCGUGAUGGUUGCCCGUGGCGACCUGGGUAUUGAGAUUCCAGCAGAGAAAGUAUUCUUGGCCCAGAAGAUGAUGAUUGGCCGUUGUAACCGGGCUGGGAAACCUGUCAUCUGUGCUACUCAGAUGUUGGAGAGCAUGGUGAAGAAACCCCGUCCCACCCGUGCAGAGACAAGUGACGUCGCCAACGCCGUCCUGGAUGGUGCCGAUUGUGUGAUGUUGUCCGGAGAAACAGCCAAGGGAACCUACCCCCUUGAGUCAGUCAAAAUGAUGCACCAUAUCUGCAGAGAAGCUGAGUCAGCUGUAUUCCAUAACCAGUUGUUUGAGGAACUCCGCAAGGAGACUCCCAUCUUCACUGAUGCUGCUCACACCAUCGCCAUCGCUGCUGUAGAGGCGUCCUUCUCAGCCAUGGCAGCCGCCAUCAUCGUCAUCACAACCUCGGGCAGAUCUGCCUACCUCGUGUCAGCCUACCGCCCCCGUUGCCCGAUCCUGGCAAUCACACGCAACGCUCAGACUGCACGACAGUGCCACCUGUACAGGGGCAUCUUCCCCAUCCACUACAGUGCAGAUCGAGACUGCAGCCCGGAGGAUCUUGAUGCCCUCACAGAUGAAGCUGCCGGCUCGGAUAGCCGCAUGAAUGAGUGGACUGCCGAUGUUGACCGUCGCAUCUGGAUGGCCAUCAGCUCGGGGAUGGGGCGUGGGUUCAUCAAAAAAGGGGACUCGAUUGUCGUGAUGACUGGGUGGAAGCCCGGCUCCGGCUCAACCAACACCAUGAGGAUCAUCACCGCCACAGAGAUGAAGGACAAGGAGCUCCUGCCCCCAAUCGUCGGCAUCUCCAGCAUUCCUUGUUUCAGCAAGGAAGGUGCAGGCGCCAGUGAACAGAAAGGCGAUAAGAAGGAUCCCAAGUUCUUCUAAUGGAGUCAUCCUUUGUAGGUUGAAAUUUGGCUUGAGGAUGUCUUGGAUGGUGGAGCUAUAUCCUCUUUGAUAAUGGGUUUUCUUUCAGCACAGAAUAUUCUGUCAGUGUAAACAUUAUUCAGGUGUCCUAUAGAGGUCAUGAAGGAAGGGUCUGUGAACCACUGUUAAUGUCAUGAGACACAUCAUUCUGCUUGCCAUGACAUCCACUAGCCACGUCCAUGACCUGCUUCUCCCCACCUGCCCUGUCGUGGUUUAGGUUACUUGUGAGCUAGUACUGUUAAUGUUUACUCAAGGAUGCCUUUUGUUGUAGGUUCUCUGUUAAAGCUGUACAGAGAAGAGGUUUGGAGGAGUGUCAUGCCUAUGUUGUAAUGUGUAUCUGAGGGGACAUGUCAAGUUGGAUCAGGUUCUCUUGUCUAUGUGUUACCAUGUCUGUAUGCUUCCUUCAUUACUGGAGUUAGCAGUGUUAUAAGCAUCACAGUAAAAAGGUUUGCCUUCUUGUGAAGAAUACUCUCCUGGAUCAUUUGAUUUUUAACUAAAUUACUGUUUAUACAUUCUAAGAGAAACACUGAUAAGUAUGUAAUGAAGUAUGUGAGGUAGAUUUGAAGGUAACUAUUGCGUCCUACUAUUUAUACGUUCUAAAAGAAACUCUAAAGAAUGUUAUGAUGUAAGUGUAAGUCUUGAAGGUUGAAUAUUGUCCUGUUGAUUAAAGAUUCAGUUUAAGUUGGAUGUUUGAAGCGUUGAAACAAGUAUAAUUAUACCUCUGGCCACAAGUGAACCUGAUUUCUUCGUGGCCCGUCCCCAUGCCCAGAUGAUCCUGUUUGACUCACUGGCUGAGUCUUGCGUCCCGACCAAUGAAAGUAAUAUACAAUAGUUGAUCAAUUAUCUUGUUAAGUUAAUGUUGUUGGUAACUGAUGAUAAUAUUGCUCAGUUGUGGAAUACUUGAACCUGUGGAGUAACUACACCAUCUGUGAUAGAGGAUUGUUGAACAAGAUUUAGGGUGAACGAAUCAGUCCCGAGGGAGACAUCUUUAAGCAAAGCAACACACAUGUAAAUGUUUAUUAUGUAUAUUUGGUUUCUUAAUGAAUCGUUAUAUGUGACCAUCCAUGAGAUAAGAGACCUUACGAGUGAAAAAUCACAUUUUGACAUCUUAAUAUCUUUUUAAACUUUGGUAUCUUAAAAAUACAAUUCAUAAGCUUCAAUUCAUAAUUAUUACUGAGACGCAUGGCAUCAAAUGUUUAGACUCAUUUUCUGAAAAUGCCCAUUUUCAGACUUAUAACUGUUGAUGUAAUAGUUGCAGUUUUGAAAUAUAAUGUAUGCUGAAAUGUUUUGAAAUUGUUUUAUUACAUUACCAACUAACGAGAGAGAAAAUAGCCUAUUUUUGUAGUCCAAACAUGACACUUUACGGAAGUAAGAUGACAUCAAACAUCUUUCUUUAUGACUUCAGAGCACAAUUGGGUCCUGGUACCAAGAAGGUACUUUUCUCCUGGUGGGUCACAUAUAUAACUCGGUACUUGCUGAGGACCACACCUUUGACUAAAGGUGACUAUUUUGGUCCUUUGCAAAUGUUGGGUAGUAUGAUAUUGAUUACUGCACUAAAGGGUCACUGAGCAACUGAUUCAGUAACUGUUUUGGGUUUUUUGUUUUCAGUUUUCUGUGUUGACAUUAUUUUGCAGCCCCGUGAAACAAGACUUUUAAUUUUGGGGAGGGGGGGAAUUGGACCGCUAAUGCCGGUAUUUUUUUUAAUGACUACUACACCAGGAUGGUUGAUGUCAGAGCUUGUUCUUCCAGGGACUUCUUCCAAAAUGGCCCUGGGGAAUUCUUUUGGCACAUGUCUAUCAUAUGUACUAAAGGCAUUUUGCCUCUUCUGUACUGAAUAACGAUUGACUGAUUGAGUCUACGCUUUGAGGAAAUGGAAGGGAUGGAGCUGCUACUGGUUUUGCAAGGAAGUGCGCACACUUCUUGUUUAACGUUUUUCUGUUUUUCUUCAGAUUUAUUCUAAUUUCAUUUGGCAAGACAUUGGUGAUGGUUAGAGAUAAGGAUGGGUAGAUUUGUGUGACCUCUUUCUUUCAUGACACCAGCUAGUUUGUAGUAGCUGUGUCUUCUCAUUUUUUGUGCUCUGAUGUCUAACAGACCUCCUCGUUGAAUAACCCUAAUCAUUGCCAAAGUUUCUGUAUCUAAUACCUCAGAAUGAAGGGUGUCAGUCCAUUAUGAGAACGUGGCCUGUGUGUGAAUGGCAUGAGGAAAUAUGAAUGAUAGUGAAACAUUUGGAAUGUUUUGCUGAAAUGUAUGUUCCAAAACAAUACCCUUUUUGUAGCUUGUCGUUUCCAAGAAAUCGUCUAUUAUGGGAGUUUGUUGAUUUCCCAACAUUAUUGCAGCUUAUCAACACCACACUAAUGGAUAUAGCAUUGUAGUCUGUUAUAUAUCUGUGUAGUAACCUUGCUUUUAUUUAUCAAAUAUUUUACUCUUAUUACAUGUCUUGUUUGUUUUCUUGACACUCUUGACUUGAGAUUAUCGGAAUGUGUGUUGGCCAUUUUGAACAAAUAAAUUGUGUACGUAGGUUUACCUGCAAGAGUUUAUUUGUUCUCCUAAAUAAGUAACAUAGUCAAUGCUGUCUCCAUCAAUACCAUGCUCACAGUCUGACACUCUUCACAAGCAAAAAAGGGGGCACGGGAGGGGGGCCCAGUUGUCUUAAGGCGCUGAAAUUCGCUGUGCAAAGUAGCAUCCUUUGGGCAUUGAAAAACAUGAACAUUGGUUCAGAUCCUGGUUCACCCCAGUUAUAUUUCUAGGUUUGUCAGCACCGUACCUGUGCUCGUGGAUUUCAUCAAAGUGGUAAACGUCUGAGACCUGCAUCACUUUGGGCUUUCCUCCCACAUCAAGCUGACACUCACUAACUCACUCACUCACUCACUCACUCACUCACAACCAGAAAGAAAGCCUGCAUACAUUAAACAGAAGGUGUAGGACAGUCACCAUCAUAAGAAACAUCCAGUAUAUGAUAUUAAAGACAGACCGAUUUCAUUUCAGAAUUUCUUGAUACUUCUGGAGACAAAGGCAAAACAAUAUUAAAGUAUUUAACUACUUUGAUGAAAAUAUAUUUGCUACAAGUGAUUUAAGAAUACAUGGAAUGACUUGUUUAAUUAUGUGGGAAAUUGUUUUACUUUCAAGAAGGGUCUUGAAAUAAGGUUGGUCUGUUGAAAGAUAAUACUUACUGAACCAUGUCUUCCUGGUGUUGCCUCAAAGGAAACCAGGAUGGGCUCAGAUAAUUUAUUGUUAUCAGUAUCUAACAGAGCUGUUUUUAUCAAUACAAGGUCAUCUAUUGAGUGCUAUUGGUUAUCUAAUAUACUGAUGUUUUUGUUGUGUUUGAUGCUGCCAAGGAAUCUCCUGUCAUUCACCACACAGCGGCAGGAGAGAAGAGUUCACCAACACUAGGGUCAGGUUGUCAGUCUACUUAAAGAAUACACUCUAGUUUGGGGCCCAGCUCUUGUACCUGUGUUGGUGUCUCUUCCUCUCAGCGUGUCUUUCUUAGCGGUGCAAUGUACAAAGCUGUGAACGCCCUAUACUGUUUUCCCCUGUUUUAGUCUAACACAUCUGGACAUGAAUAAACAUUAUAGUGAGUGGCUA